AUGGCUCAUUCGGGAUGCGAUUUGCAAGCGUGGGAGAGGGGGGAGGGUUUGGGGGGUGGUCGGCGGAGGAAGAGGAGGACGACGAGGACGACGAGGAGGAAGAGGAGGAAGAGGAGGAGGCCGAGGAGGAGAAGGAAGAUUCGGGGAGGAGGAGGAGGAGGAGGAGGAGGAGGAGGAGGAGGAGGAGGAGGAGGAGGAGGAGGAGGAGGAGGAGGAGGAGGAGGAGGAGGAGGAGGAGGAGGAGGAGGAAGAGGAGGAGGACGAUGAGUAGGGGGAGGAGGAGGGGUAGGAAGAGGGGUAGGUGGAUGAGGAGGAGGAUGGGUAGGAGGUAGUGUAGGGGGGGAAUAAGUAGUAGGAGGAAUA